AUGGUUCUCUAUCAGCAGCUGGUGGGCUCGGCUACUCCCACGCGCUCGGCUCAGCAGCCUGCAAGGCCCACGCUGCACCAGGUCCUGGAGGGUCAGUUGACCGAGGAGGCGAUCUGCUUUCCCUCCAAAGUUCGACCAACAGCAUCGCGGCCGGCCUGGAGGCACACCAUCCGCAAGAACAGGUUCGAGUUCACUGAAGCGCUCGACCUGGGCGCCUUCGUCGAUCCGAGCAGCGCGCAAGACAAUCCGGUCACCGGCUACACGCUGGCGCUGGUGCUGGCCUAUGUUUCGUCGGCGCGGCGCACGCCACACGUUCACGCGUGGACCCAUCUGAGCGACGACGCCAGCCGGCCGUGCACCCAGCGGGAGGCCGUCGAGGGCAACUUUGGCGGCGCCGAAGAGGGAUCGGGGCGAGGGCCAGCGGCUGGUGCGGGGGCGGUGCCGGAGGAGCUCUCGGAGCUGGUGAAGGCGAGCUGGUCGUCGCCCUACCUCGCCCCGGAGCCAGUCCCGCCGCACAUCCUCAAGUGGUGGGCUGGAAUGAAAUAG